AUGGUUAUGCAGCCGAAGGCAGCAAAAGUCCGAGCCAGACACGACGCCGAGAUACAAUAUCUGAAGCUCAUGGCCGAAGGAAAGGCAAAGGGUAUCAUGGAGCGAUUGGACUUUGUCGAAAACACGAACAGUGCCCUUGAGGUGGGACUAGAAGAACAAUCAGGAAAAUUAGCGCACGUCACCAUCGAGUUGGGAUCGACUUAG